AUGAUCAGCACGCCACCUGAGUUGCAGACAUCGCCUUGGAGGCUAGCUGCUGAAGCCAAGCCCGUGCAACAAACGACGAAUACAUACAACAACGGGCGCAACGGGAACCAUCUCCCGAUAGCACAUCCGUUUGCUGAAGCUAUACAGGUGCCUGUUGCAGGACCUGAUACUUCGCUGCCAGAGGCUUUGCCUGCUCCAUUCGUGGAAGCUCAAGUAAGGGAAGACAACGAGAGCUUGAGAAGAAGAGGGGAGAAGGCUCGGACGAAGAGGGGUAAGCUUCACGGUGAGGGUCCGCAUAUCUGCACGAUGGAUGGAAAGGUCUUUCGUCACCGCGGAGAUCUGUUACGCCACCGGAAGACGAAACCCGGCCACGCAGAAUACCAGGGCCCUAUCAUCUGCGUCUGUCGGCAGGAGUUCAGUCGUCGGGAUGGUCUGUACACGCACUUGAAGUCGAAGAGAUGCCUCCGCGCUCUUCGAGAUGAGGAUGCAUGA